GAUAAUAAACAUAUGACGUAUGGGCCACGUGACUCAUCAACCAUUCCAUGUGGUCUCGCGAAGCUAAUUAUACAAAAUGGAAAUAGGUAUAGGUACUUUUCAUUUCAGUUAUAGAAUUGUUUCUGUACGGUCAUCCAUGCGUUCACCUUAUAAUUCACGGUAGAUAUUUAUCCUAAAUGAACCAGUGUUAAAAUUGACAAUGCUUUAAGCGCACGUUGUUAAUUGUGAAGAAUAGUUCGAUGCAUCGAAGCAAAAGUCGAGAUUUAUUCGAAUUGAUCUGUGGGACGCAUCUUCGAGAAACUUGUUUCCUCGGUAGUCAACGGACUGGAAGUUCCCAGUAUCCCAAUAGUGUUGUGUCGUCUUUUAUUGACGAAAAACGGUAAAAAUUCGGACUGUGUAUCGAGAGUGCCGCGGUGGAGAUAACCCUAAGUCAAGGUCAGCCUUAAGAAUGUCCGCGACAGUCAGCUACAAGCACAACAAUCCGGAGUUCGAAGUGGAAACAGUAAAUUCUACCACUCCGCUGAUGGGGGACAAGAAGAACCCCAAGCCCACCUUGGCCACGCCGGAAACCGACGAACAAGACGACGACAGGGAAGUGGUCAACGAGCCUUAUCCCGGUGUGGAUGACGGAUUUUUCGAUAACGAGAAACCAACGGAUUCCGAAGUUUUGACCAAGAGAAAUAAUGAUACCAACACUGAACGGAGAGAACAGCCAGAAAUCAACUCGAAAGACGACGAUCAGGGCAAAACGGAGAACCCAGAGGAUGAAAAUGAUGGCACCACCCACCAGAGGCGGCACUCCGGGUCCAUACCCCAUUUUCCUAGAGAAUCGGAUUUCCCCGGACAUCGUCAUCAUGAGGUAGACAUCGGAACGGGGAUUCUUCUCGAAGAUAUACCAGAUCUUAAUGUGUACCAACAUAAGAAAACCCUCGCGCAAGGGAUGAUGGACUUGGCGCUAUUCUCAGCUAACGCAAAUCAACUCAGAUACGUGAUGGACAGUUUUGACAGACACCCUUAUUAUUAUCCCAGUUUAAUAUUCAUUGCCCUCAGCCUUAUAUUGCAGGUUGCUAUAGGGGUGCUCCUAAUUUGGAACGCCACUUACAACGUGAAAGAUGAAAAAGAAGUAUGCAGAGCGAACAAAAUCAACAACUACACCGUCAUUGGAAUUUUUCUAGUCACCGUAGUGAACGUCUUCGUUUCAGCUUUUGGAGUCGCAGAUGCUCCAUCAAGUUUGAAUACUCGAAUAACUGCCAAUUCUACUUGAGAGUGUGUAAAAUGUGAUAAAGGACAAAAC